AUGGUGUCCAACCAAGCCACCCGCGCCGACCACGGCUAUACCAUCACAGCUCUUGGUAGAUGGUCUAUUCUAGACAAGAAGUUGCCUCCCGUCGACGCGAUUACUGCCGUUCAUGUCUACGAUUUCGAUAAUACUUUAUUCAAGACCCCUCUACCAAACUCGAAGCUAUGGACUACCCCGACGACUGGGCAGCUGAUGAGCCCCGACAUCUUUGUUAAUGGUGGCUGGUGGCAUGACUCGAGAAUUCUAUCUGCGACCGGCGAAGGUGUAGAACAAGAGGAGAAGCGCGCCUGGAACGGAUGGUGGAACGACAAAAUCGUUGAGCUGGUACAGCUGAGCAUGCAGCAAGACGAUGCCCUCACCAUUCUCUUGACUGGAAGGUCUGAGAAAGGCUUCUCUCAGCUCAUCAAGCGAAUCGUUGCGAGUAAAGGCCUCGAAUUCGACAUGAUUGGAUUGAAGCCGGUAGUCGGUCCUAAUCACGAACGCUUCCAGAGCACUAUGAACUUCAAGCAAAUAUUCUUGAAAUCGGUACUAGGAACAUAUACAUCCGCCACAAGUAUGCGGAUUUACGAAGAUCGCCCUAAGCAUGUCGAUGGCUUCCGAGACUUCUUUGCCGAUUAUAACAAGAAUAUUGUUAGUCGCGGACAGAACCCAAUCACUGGCCAUGUGAUACCAGUUGCCGAGCUCUCUACUACCCUCGACCCCGUUGUCGAGGUGGCAGAGGUACAACACCUUAUUAACUUUCACAACAACUCUAUUGCCAAAGAGCGAAAAGGCGGACGGAAUGCGCGCUUAGCUAUCAAGAAAGCCGUUUUCUUCACUAGUUAUAUGAUCCAGCCUACUGAUUCGAAGCGCCUGAUCUCGCUUCUGAACAAUAUGGCACCAGAGACGAAGGAUCUUAAGAAUCUUGCCAACACUAUCCUCAUCACAGCGCGAUCUUGCCCACAGCAUAUCUUGGAUAAGAUAGGAGGCCUUAAUUCCAAGAUGAAGUGGGAGGUAACCGACAUUGGCAACUUCCAAUCGACUCUGUGGGCAGCGCGUGUAAGGCCCGUUCCCGCUAAUGCGAUCUACCAUACCGACAACCAAGUGCCGUCUGUCGUCCUAGGUCUGAGAAGAGGAGCUCGGCCCGCGGAUGUGAAUAAGAUUCGCCAAUGGCAGCCGAUCCCCGCUAAUCAGAGUAUCGUGUUCGAGACUACGGUAGGCGAAAAGGUGAUGCUUCGUAUCGAUCGCGAAGACCAAGAUGGAGAGGACGAGCAGCAGGACAGACUGCUCCCGCACAAGGGUUCUAAACGCAAGUUCCCAAACGAUGAUGACCGCCAAUCACGCCAUCAUGGUAGGGAUCAUGGCAGAGAUCACGGCAAUGGCGGCAGGGACUAUCACAAUUCCUCUCAAGCGCGAGGUGGUGGAGGCGAUAACCGGGGUCGUGGCGGUUAUCGAGGCGGAAAUGCCUCCCGUGGUAACCGUGGCGGCAGAGGAGGCUUUAAAGGCUCCGGCAGAGGUGGCAAGGGAGCCCAUGGUUAUCGUUCUCUGGACGAUGUCGAUACCCGUGAAAGCUCUCAGAGCGGAUACGGUCCAGCAGCUGUCUCGUACGAUGACAACAGCUUCCCAGCGCUGCCUCAAGGCGGCCCUCAGUUCCAGCAGCCCCUGCCUCCUCCGCCGCCGUACGGCCAACCGUUUCUUAUCCCUAUUCCGGGCCAAUGGCCUCCUCCGGCCGGCAAUAACAACCAGGGACGGCCCUCUGGUGGCCCCGGCCCCGGCCCGGAUUUGCAGAACUUCUACUGA